GGCCAUGGGUCGCUGCAGGCGGCGGCUUCUGCUGCCGGGAGCUCCGGCGCUCGCCCUCUUCCUCCUGCUGCUGCCCGUUUGGCUGCUCGGGAGCUCCGCGGAGAAUCUCGGAGAUGGAUGUGGGCCUAUGAUAAUCUAUCAAGACAGUGGAACACUGGCGUCUAAGAACUAUCCGGGGACCUACCCCAACUACACUACCUGUGAGAGGAGAAUUCAGGUGCCUCAGGGGAAACGUCUGAUCUUGAAAAUUGGAGACUUGGAUAUUGAAUCCCAGCAAUGUGAAUCUAACUAUCUUAGCAUCCACAGUUCUACAACAGUGCAUGGACCCUACUGUGGAAAUGUGCCUGUCCCAGAAGAAAUCAUCUUAGAUUCUAAUGAAGCAACCAUUCACUUUGAGAGCAGGUCCCAUGUGUCUGGAAGAGGCUUCCUGUUGUCCUUUGCUAGUAGCGACCAUCCAGAUCUAAUCACAUGUCUGGAGAGAGCAAACCACCACGUGGAGAAUGAAUUCAGCAGGUACUGUCCAGCUGGUUGCAGAGACAUAGCAGGUGAUAUUUCUGGGAAUAUAGUGGAAGGAUACAGAGAUACUUCCUUAUUGUGUAAAUCUGCCAUACACGCUGGAGUAAUUGCAGACGAAUUGGGUGGUCAGAUUAGUGUGAUUAAACUGAAAGGAACAAGUCGGUAUCAAGGAAUCCUAGCCAAUGGCAUCCUUUCUCAGGAUGGCUCUCUGUCAGAUAAGCGGAUUAUUUUUAACUCAAAUGGUUGCAAUCAAUCACUGAACCUAGAAGGAGGAAAUGCCUCUGAUGGUCAGAUCACUGCCUCAUCGUUCUGGGACGAAACCAAUGACAUUGGGGAGGUGGUCCCGUGGUCUCCUGUUAGGGCCUGGUUCAAAGUCCAAGGGCCUUCCUGGGCAGCAAACCAGAGCAACCCUCGGCAGUGGCUUGAAAUUGACCUGGGAGAAAGGAGAAGAAUAACAGGAAUUAGAACCACAGGGUCCACAAUGCUCAAUUUUAACUAUUACGUCAAGACGUUUAUUGUCAACUAUAAAAAUAACAACUCAAAAUGGAGGACUUACAAAGGAAUCCUAAGCAAUCAAGAAAAGGUAUUCAAAGCCAACUCUAAUCAUGGAGACAUAGUCCGGAAUAAUUUCAUUCCCCCCAUAGUAGCCCGCUACGUGAGAAUUAUUCCACAGAGCUGGAACAAAAGAAUAGCUCUGAAGGUGGAACUUAUUGGUUGUCGCAUAAACCAAGUUAACAGCUCCCUUACGCAUCCGCUCUGGCAGAGACCGAGUCAAAGCACAGGUGUCUCGGUUAGAAAAGAAGACAGAACCAUCACAGAGCCCAUACCCUCAGAAGAAGGUGGCUUAGGACUGCAGCUUACUACCAUAAUCGUUCCAGUAGUAGUGGUGUUUUUGCUGUUCCUGAUAUCUGGAAUUGGUAUCUGUGCUGCUGUACGAAAGAGAGGAAGGAAAGGAGGUGCUUAUGGCUCAUAUGACACCGGAAAACCAGGACUUGAACUUCUAGGUUUCUGGAAACAAAUCAAGCAACCCUUUGUCAGACACCAUUCUACUGAAUUCACCAUCAGUUAUAAUAAUGAAAAGGAUACGCCACAAAAGCUAGAUCUCGUCACAAGAGAGAUGGCAGAUUAUCAACAGCCUCUCAUGAUAGGAACUGGGACAGUAACCCGAAAGGGAUCCACUUUCAGACCCAUGGACACAGAGAAUGAGAAAAAAGGUAGCACCGAGACUGGGAACCAUUACCACUGCCCACAGAGAGCAAAUCGGCAUGAUUAUGCACUGCCUUUGACCAACCACGAGCCUGAAUACGCCACUCCUAUUAUAGAGCGACAUGUAGGAAGAGAAAACACUUUUCCUUCAGAGAGCUGCUAUAACAUUCCUACUGCUUCUGCUGUGCAUAAAUGUUCCCUUUCCACGGGCACUUUCACUGCCUUGUGCCAGACUGAAACGGGGAGUGAAGAUUAUCAAAUACCACAAAGUCAGAAGGAGUAUGAUAAGCCAAAAAUGAAAGCCUUGCCCACACUUGACUACAAUACUGGCUAUCAGAAGCCCCAAACCAGUUUAUUGACAGAUGAGGGCUAUUCAACACCCAGAUACUGCCUAAAACCAGUAAAUCAGACUGCAAUGACAGCUCUCCUGUAACCUUAAGGACCAGCGGAAACUCACUGCCCUAAUGUUUAAAGCACUGGAUUAGAUUUAGAGCAAAACAAAAUUUGCUCUUGGCUGAGGAGUGAAAGCUGUCUUUGCAGUAAAGUCUUCAGACAGUCGAUUCUCUGCAGCUGUGAUAUUGGUGCUCCACUCUUAACAUUGUGCAAUGUGUACAUACAUUUUUUAUUUAAUAAAAAUAACUUAAACUUUAA